AUGGUGCAUGGGCAUGCCCUUUAUCAUAUGGAGCACCGCCCUCUGGAGGCGCGGGCUCCCCACGACACUAUCGCCAAUGAUGAUUCCAACCUGGUCGAGCGCGAUAACCCCUUGGUCAUUAUCUACAAGACCCUAUCGGCUGACUUUGAGGGCGCCAUUGGAGGCUACGUGACCAAAGUCAUGGGCGCCAACAAUGCACCGGUCACGACCGCGAUUGCGAUUGCGACGGCAACGGCGGCGACGGUCGCCCCCCAUUCGAAGGACACCAACAAUGUCGCCGUGGGUGUCGGCCCAGCAGUGGCGGUCACGAAGAUCACGGCCGAGCCUACCCAUCAGACGGCGGUGAUGACGACGAAAGAGGUCAAGUCGCAACCGACGACGAUCAUUGAAAACACGCAGAUACAACAGACGACUGUCGCAGAACCGACACAGGCCAUCACCAGUCAAGCGGAGGUGGUGUCGCAAGCCCCGUCGUCCUUCAUCACUUCCGUCUCCCAGGCGAGUACGUCGGCAGCGGAAACCAGCCAGGACAUGAACUUGGUUGCGGCGACUCCCAGCACCACAGUCAGUGGCAUCGGCGCGUCUUCAUCGCCCACGACCGCCAGUGCCCCGGAAGGCAUGUCUGGCGGUGCAAAAGCGGGGAUCGCCAUCGGAGUUCUCUUGGGACUGGGCGUCCUGGCAGGAUUGAUCUUCUUCUUGGUUCGUAAGAGAAAGCGCGGCGACGAGGCCGAGGCGACGUUGCAGGAGAAGGGUCCGGUCUCAGCCGUUCCUGCACCGGCAUCGGCACCGCCUCCCCCGAUGAAAUCGUCGUCCCCGUCAACCCCGCCUCAGUUGAGUGUUCGCCCAGUGACGCAGUUUGCUCCCGAUCUGAGCGGCACUGGUGGCUCAAAUGCGGCUUCUGCUGGCUUGCUGGGUGCAUCCGCUGCCGGUGUUGCUGGUGCAGCGAUUGCCUCCCGCAAUUUGACAGGCAACUCGCCGCCUCCGUCGCCAUCUCAGUCCACCUCGAGCGCGCAGAACCCGUUCAGUGAUCCAGUCAAUCCAUUCAGUCCUACAACGUCCGUGGCAGAGAACGUGACCCCUGCAGCAGCCCCUACUCCUGCGCCUUCUCAACCGGCGGGGGCUGCUGUGGCGACGGGAGACACUCCCACGGUUGUUGUCUCUGACGAAUCUGAAAGAGAAGUGUCUCCCUCGCAGAAUUCGGGCGCCGCAGUCUCGGGCGCUCCAUCGAUUCGCGUGAGUGCCGACGUCGAGUCGAUCUCCUCUGAGAUCCUCACUGCCGUCAGUGGGGCCGCGAUAGGUAUUGCCAGUGCCGGUGCAGUCGCUGCGGCUGUGGCGCCGUCUCCUGUGCCUCCGGGGCCAGACAACGUGCACCGCGUGCAGAUGGAUUUCACUCCUUCCGCAGAUGAUGAGCUGGAGUUGCGCGCCGGAGCCCUCGUGCGCAUGCUACACGAGUAUGAUGAUGGUUGGGCGCUCUGCGUUCGAAUGGAUCGCUCACAGCAAGGAGUGGCGCCACGAUCUUGCCUGUCUGCUCGCCCCGUGAAGCGUCGUCCCCGUCCCCCUCCUGGCGCCGGCCCGGGACCUGCGCCUCGUGGACCUUUGCCCCCAAUGGGCCCUCAUGGACGAAUGCCAGGCCCUCCUCCUGGAGAUCGUUAUUACCCUCAGGGUCCACCAGGCGCUGCCAACUCUUCUCGACCACCUUACCCAGCUGGUCCAAUGCCCCCUGCGAACGGCUUCCCUGCCGUUCCUCGGCCCAUGUCGCCCGGCGCUCGCUCAAUGUCCCCCGCCCCUCGAUCUCGUCCUGGUCCCAAUCCCGGUCCACGAUCCAUGAGUCCGGGUCCUUACGGCCCGGGAGGAAUGCAGCGCCCUGCGAUGCCCGUCAGUCAACGACAGCGUAGCAACAGUGCGGGAAACAUGGCUCGUCCAAUGGCUAGUGCUGCGCCUCUUAAGUCGAGCCCUCUUGUGGCUACUCAAGCUCCAGGCCCCGCUCCAACGAUUCAUCUACCUGCCCUGCCGCCCUCGACGCCGACCUCGCCAACUGAAGUUUAUGCUCCGGGGCAAGCCAUCUAA